AUGCCAUCACCUCCCGCCGAGAUGGAAGCGGCACCGGAGAAGUCAGAGCUGGAGGGCAUCUUCCUGAAGCGGGUGGCCGAUUUCUUGCCCCAGCGCAAGGUGGAGAGGACGGGGAACCCGAAGACUCCAGAUGGAGUCGCUGCUUCUUGGCUGGCUAUGCUGAGUGGACGCUUCCUGGUCUUGAGUGACCACAUCGUCACGGAGGAUAAGGGCGUGUCGACCGCAGCCAGAGACAACUUGGUCAAUGAAUGCACCAACAUGGGUCUAAUCAGCGCCCUGAUGGGGACCAUUGUGAUACCCAUGGCCUUUGAGAACGUGGACGACUGGCUGCAGGAGGACUUUGCUGGAAGCGGUUUUGCCUUUCAAGAGAGUUGGAUCGGCCAGCAGCUGAGCGAGAGCAGCUUGCAAGAGGCGGCGACAGGCCUACACGACAUGAGCCUUAUCUGUUACUUCGUGGGCGCUGUUGGCUACCUCUGUUCGACCAUCGCCACGGUUGUUCUCUUGUUGUGCAUCGGGGAGAUCGAAUCGGAUGCCGGAUCUGUCGAGUUCCUACGUCGCGUGGGCGGUGCGACUCGCGUCCCGUACUUGUUCUGGUGGAAUGGCGCCGUCUUUGUCUUCCCCACUAUGGUGCGAUAUAUCUGCUCCUGCAAGACCCUUCCCGGACUCAUCAUGCUUAUCCUUUGCAUCGUGGUACCGGCGAUCCUGAUCUUGCUGGCCCUCAAUUACUAUGUGCGUUGUUGCAUGACGACGCACAACUGCAUCAACGAAUUCGAGGACUUGCAUCUAACACAGAGUGAAGCAGAAGAGGAUGUGAACACCUGGUUCCAGCACUGCAAGGGAGGUGGCUUAGAAGAUUGCUUGCAGGAUAUGAAUGUCCGCCAUGGAAGGCUCGUCGUCUGCUUAGAUCGGAUUUCUCAACAGCAUGUGGCGAUGUACUACCACAAGAAGCAGGCUGAGAAUGUUGGAGUUCCGCUCUCCCCAGCCGAACUCUACCGACUUUGCUACACAAAUCAGUAG